UCUCUUUAUCAUCAUACCAUAUAUGCUCGACAGCUAACGAAGCCCAAAAUGUCUCUUCUGGUUGAUAAGCUACGACCACGAUCACUCGAUACACUCUCAUACCAUCGUGACCUUUCUGCACGCUUGAAAUCACUGGCUCAAAGUGGCGAUUUCCCCCAUCUCCUUGUCUACGGCCCUUCCGGAGCGGGCAAGAAAACGCGUAUUAUAGCAACACUAAGAGAACUAUAUGGUCCGGGUGUUGAAAAGAUCAAGAUCGACGCGCGGGUCUUCCAGACGACCAGUAACCGCAAACUAGAAUUCAACAUUGUCUCCUCAGUCUACCAUCUCGAAAUCACACCGUCGGAUGUCGGAAACUAUGAUCGUGUUGUUGUUCAAGAAUUGCUCAAGGAAGUCGCGCAGACGCAGCAGGUCGAUCUGUCAGCGAAGCAGAGAUUCAAGGUGGUCGUGAUCAAUGAAGCAGAUCAUCUUACUCGGGAUGCACAGGCGGCAUUACGACGAACUAUGGAGAAAUAUAGUCCUAAUCUACGAUUGAUUUUGUUGGCAAACAGCACUUCGAAUAUCAUUGCACCGAUUCGUUCACGGACUCUGCUGGUCAGGGUUGCUGCACCCACGGAAGACGAAAUUUGUUCAGUUCUUAGGGUGGCAGGGAAGAAAGAGGGGUGGACACAGGCUGAUGGCCUUAAUAAGAGGAUCGCCAAGGAGAGUGGGCGGAAUCUGCGACGGGCACUGCUUAUGUUCGAAGCCAUCUAUGCUCAAAAUGAGAAAGUUACGGAUAAAACUCCCAUUCCACCGCCCGAUUGGGAAGCUCUUAUUUCUUUGACGGCUGAAGAGAUCUUGGCCGAGCGAUCGCCAGCCAGUAUAUUACGCGUUCGAGCACGUUUAUAUGACCUCUUAACCCAUUGUAUACCGCCGACCACAAUUCUCAGGACUUUGACCUUUAAAUUAAUCGCCAAGGUUGACGAUGCUCUCAAGCCAGACGUAAUAAAAUGGUCUGCUUUCUACGAACAUAGAAUAAAAAUGGGCACUAAAGUGAUCUUUCACCUCGAAGCCUUCGUUGCGAAAUUUAUGCGCAUAUACGAGAGUUACUUGAUGGGCAUGGAUUUCUAGGAUCCGACUGGUUUGCUGCUAACAACAAUGGAUCAACUGUACUUUAUGAAAUCUGAUAUCAUAAUAACAUGAACUGAACGAAUCGCGACUUCCCAUCACAAACUCAGAUUCUAAUAGAGACUGGGACGACAAAGCUACGUCAUAGCACAGCUGUCCUAUAGAAAUUC